CCCUGUCGACGCCUGCGUGCAAUCGCUGCGCGUCGUCCGCAGCGGCAGCAGCAGCAUCGGCGGGCAAACCCUCAACCCCGUAAAGCCUUCAACCUAGCGGACGAGACGAGAUGAGCCACUGAGCCACAGCCUAUUUUAGCAUCUCAGCCGGAAGAAGAGGAGGAGGAGGAGGAAGAGUGUCAGGUGCACUCGGUGAUGGCGUCGGCGGCGCUGCGGCGGCCCGACUCGGCGGCGCUCGUGCGUGCUGCGUGACGAGGAUUCCAGGCCGCGACGCUCGCAAACUUCCGGUGCUCAGUGCAGAGGGCUCUUGUGCAUAGAACAUUUCCAUUCAAAGAUGGCACAAACGUCUUGAACAGCUAACCAACAUGAAGUGCAAGAACUCAUUCAUUCAUUAUUGCUUUUCCGUAUCGCUUCUCCUCACGCGGGUCGCGGGCGUGCUGGAGCCUAUCCCAGCUGACUGCGGGCAAGAGGCGGGCUACGCCCUGAACUGGCCGCCAGCUAAUCGCAGGGUACAUAAAAAAUAAAACAACCAUUCGCACUCACAUUCACACCUGCGGGCAAUUUAGAGUCUUCAAUUAACCUCGCAUGCAUGUUUUUGGGAUGUGGGAGGAAAACGGAGUGCCCGGAGAAAAGCCACGCAGGCACGGGGACAACAUGCAAACUCCACACAGGUCGGCGGCGAGGAUGCGGCGCUGAGCAUGCUGCGAGUCCUGAUCAUCGCCAUGGCGACCGUGGGCGGCAGCCGGGCGUGCGGCGCCCGGGACAACUGCUCGGCCGACGGCGGGUCCAAAGAGUACUGCUACUCGGCCCGCAUCCGCAGCACGGUGCUGCAGGGUCUGCCCUUCGGCGGCGUGCCCACCGUGCUGGCGCUCGACUUCAUGUGCUUCCUGGUCUUGCUCUUCCUCUUUUCCAUUUUACGAAAAGUGGCGUGGGACUACGGACGCCUGGCACUCGUCACCGACGCCGACAGCCGAAGACGAGACAGAGAUAACUAUGAGCCGGUCAAAAGCGUGGCAUCGGCGAUGCACUCGGACACGCCCGACCGCUACGAACGCCUCACGUCCGUCUCCAGCUCCGUGGACCUUGAACAGCGUGACAACGGCUUCUGCUCCUGGCUGACGGCCAUCUUUCGAAUUAAGGACGAGGAGAUCCGCGAGAAGUGCGGCGAGGACGCGGUGCACUACCUGUCCUUCCAGCGGCACAUCAUCGGCCUCCUGGUGGUGGUUGGCGUCCUCUCCGUCGGCAUCGUGCUACCCGUCAACUUCUCGGGAGACCUGCUGGUAAGAAUUAUCAGUAAAGAUUUGCUGAUAAACCAAGGACCGGCUGGACCACCGUCCAAAGAAGAAAACAAUGCCUACAGCUUCGGCCGCACGACGAUAGCCAACCUGAAGUCCGGGACCAACUUGUUGUGGCUACACACAUCAUUCGCCUUCAUGUACCUGUUGCUCACCGUCUACAGCAUGAGACGACACACGUCCAAGAUGCACUACAAGGAAGACGACCUGGUGAAACGCACUUUAUUCAUCAACGGCAUCUCCAAGUACGCCGAAGAGAGCCAGAUCAAGCAGCACUUUGAGCAGGCGUACGAGAACUGCACGGUCCUGGAAGCUCGGAUUUGCUACAACGUGGCCAAGCUGAUGUCUCUGAAUGCGGAGAGGAAGAAGACGGAGCGCAGUAAAAAGUUCUUCACCGACCUGAUGGCCAAGGAGCACGUUCCCACCAUGAUCAACCCCAAACCCUGUGGACAUCUUUGCUGCUGCGCCAUCACCGGCUGCGAAGAGGAGGAGGCGGUCAGCUUCUACACCAAGAGGGAGGCCAAGUUGAAGGAGGAGUACCGCAAAGAGAAGGAAAAGGUCCACACCAAACCUCUGGGCAUGGCCUUUGUCACCUUCCAGAACGAGGCCAUGACCGCCAUAAUCCUAAAGGAUUUUAACGCGUGUCAGGUUCAAGGGUGCCACUGUCGCCAGGAGCCGCGAUCCUCGCAGUUCAGCGAAGCGCUUCACGUACACAACUGGAGCGUCACCUACGCGCCCGAUCCGCAGAACGUGCGCUGGGAGCACCUGUCGCUGGGCGGAGUCUCCUGGUGGAUCCGCUGCCUCAUCAUCAACUGCAUCCUGUUCCUGCUGCUCUUCUUCCUCACUACGCCUGCCAUCAUCAUCUCCACCAUGGACAAGUUCAACGUCACUAAGCCGGUGGAGUACCUGAACAACCCUAUUGUGACCCAGUUCUUCCCCACACUCCUCCUGUGGGCCUUUUCUGCCCUGCUGCCAACCAUCGUCUACUACUCGGCAUUCUUCGAGGCACACUGGACCAGGUCUGGAGAAAACCGAACUACGAUGCACAAGUGCUACACGUUCCUGAUCUUUAUGGUUCUUCUCCUGCCCUCUCUUGGCCUGAGCAGCCUGGAUGUUUUCUUCCGUUGGCUCUUUGACAAAAAGUUCUUGGCCAACGGCACCGUCCGCUUUGAGUGCGUGUUCCUUCCCGACAACGGUGCGUUCUUCGUCAACUACGUGAUCGCGUCGGCUUUCAUCGGGAACGCCAUGGACCUGCUCCGGAUCCCCGGCCUCCUCAUGUACAUGAUACGACUCUGCCUUGCACCAUCCGCAGCAGAUAGACGCAACGUCAAGAGGCAUCAAGCAUACGAGUUCCAGUUUGGGGCGGCGUACGCGUGGAUCAUGAACGUCUUCACCGUGGUCAUGGCCUACAGCAUCACCUGUCCGAUCAUCGUGCCCUUUGGUCUUAUGUACAUGCUACUGAAGCACCUGGUGGACCGCUACAACAUGUACUACGCGUACCUGCCAUCGAAGCUGGACAAGAAGAUCCACUCUGGCGCCGUGACUCAGGUGGUGGCGGCGCCCAUCCUUUGCCUCUUCUGGCUGCUCUUCUUCUCCACCAUGCGGACAGGUUUCGAGACGCCCACAUCGAUGUUCACGCUGGUGGUCCUGGUGGUGACCAUUGUGGUGUGUUUGUCACACGUCUGCUUCGGACACUUCAAGUACCUCAGCGCUCACAACUAUAAGAUCGACACCAAGGACUCGGACGCGGAAGUCGUGGAGAACGGACGUCCGGUCCGCAGCGCCGCCUCCCCGCCGGCCAAAUCGCAGCAGAUGUACACGUUCAGCAAUGUGGCUAACGUGCUAACGCUGUCUGCCCCCAGCAGCAGAUGUACAUCGCCCAGGUGCUCCAAGACCCCAACUCGGACGAGCCGGGCGGCGGCAGCGAGGAGGACCGGGCGUCGUCACAGGACGAUGACAUGCUCAACGGCAGCAACAACAUCAAUGAGGCGGAUUUCCACUCAGGGGAGGACAGUCUGAUCGCAAACGAGGUCCGCCAGUAAUUGGGGGUGGAGCUCCACGGAGGGGGCGGAGACAGUCCACGGUCCUCGCCACUACGCGAUGCUAGCUAGCUGCGCUGGUGAGGCUCCUCCCCUUCCUAGCCUGAAGACUUGACCCUGACCAUUGACGUCGGCACCAAAGAGUCAUCAUCAAACAGGAAGUGCGUGUGAUCGUCGGUACCCCUCGCUUGGCUGCCACCAUCUGUCGUCGCUCUCAUCUGUGGCUUGAUUUGGACUGGUCGCUCGGGAGUUUUCUCCAUGUCGACCACUUUUGACUCGUCUGGAACGAGUUGUCGGACCUUCUGCCAAACCACGACGGCAAGAGAAAGACCUUCAAAUGUCACGUGACAUCAUCCCACUUCCCCACUGGUCUUCUCACUCAUCGCAGUUGGCUGUGAUGUUCACUCUCUCUGUCAGUUCUGGUGUCUAACAGUUAUGGUCUCACCCAGUUCUGAUCUCUCUGUUCUGAUCUCUCUCAGUUCUGAUCUAUCUUUCAGUUCUGGUCUUUGUCUCUCUGUCUGUUCUGAUUUCUCUCAGUUUUGCUCUCUCUAUCAGUUCUGGUCUCUCUCUCAGUUCUGGCCUCUGUCUCUUGCAGUUCUGGUCUCUCCCUCUCUCUCUCUCAUGACAUCAUCCAACUUCCCCACCGGUCUUUUCACGCAUCACUGUUCGCUACAAUGGGACUCUAAACGACCAGUUUUGACUCAACGAGGCUAGUCGCGGUCGCAUAUGACGAGCGGUGAAAAACUCUCUGAGUAGCACAUGGAACUUCCCGAUUUAAACGCGUCACGACUAGACUCUUCCACUGACUUUGUUGUUGUUGUUGUUAUUUUCACGUAUGCUAGCGAGUCCAAGCUAACGCAUGCGUAAGAAACAACAAGAUUUCUUUGACCUGCGAUCAUCUGCGAGCUUCUGUGGUGAGUAGGAGGCCCUGCCCGUUAGCCUAGCUUAGCACGGUGACUAGCUUAGUUAAUACAGUGCCAGUAUUGUUUAGCUUCAUGUGUUGUACGUUGACGCAAUACCAGUGGGUGGCGGCCCUUUCAUGAGCUCGCUGCAAACAAUAAGCUUGCCAAAAAAAAAAUGGCUGGCUAAGUGACUUGCUAGCACUAGCCUAAAGCUAGCAUGUUAGCUACAAGGCCAUCAUUUUGCUUCGGGAGACAUCUUGAACUGUAACGCUGAAUAAAACUCAAGAUUUGUGCUUUGAAUCUGGCAUUCAGUGCUAUGCUAAGCUAGGCUAACCGCACUUUCUUUAAUGGUUGUUCACUUGCGCUGUUUUCUUUGUAUUUUUUUUGUCUUCUGUUUGGAGUGAAAACGGCAGCCAUCUUGAAUUUAAACAACUUUUUUUUAACUAGCUAGUUCAUAAGCUAACAUUAGCAAAACAAACAAAAAUGUUUUUGGUUUUGUUUCAAAAGUUGUGACACAGACAAGAGGUCAAAGUUGACGUACACACAGCCCUUUGCCGCCAUUUGUGGUUGCUAUGGCAACACAAACAGGAAAUGACGCAGCCAUUUGAAGCUGAUUGAAAGAGAUGUCUCAGGUGUGUUUUGUUCCUUAAAUCAUGUUUACAUUGUGUUUUGUUUUUGCGUGCGUGUGUGUCUGUCUGCGUGUGUAUACACAGUGGUGAGCUAUGAAAGCUGUGGUCCCCAACGUGGAAGAUCUCGGGAGGUCUGUGGGGGUCUGGGGUGGCCACAUGCUGGAGACACUGACUGCUGUGUGCUAGCUGGGGGUCUGCGUGCUGUGUACUUAACUGUUGUGGUUUUGCUUCACGUUUUCCCUUCUGAUUGACAUGUAAAACAGUCUCCGCAUUGGACAACAGUUUCUUUUCCAUGGCAACCAGCUGCUGUUGGUGUUUCCUGCUUCACAAUAAAAGUUUCUCCUCGUUUCAACUAUGGUAGAGGGAAUUUAUGAACGAAAGAAGCCCCCGUGAAACGCUCCACCGACACUGACAUACCCUAUAAUCAUUUUAAGUUAAUCAGACACAACCAUUAUCAUGUUCUCACAUUGGGACAUAGGGGAAACAUGAGUUUGGUUAGGGGUCGUUGGCUCCAAAUGAUAGAAGAAACAUAUGGUAGGAUGAACUCAUUUGAAAUGAUAGAGAGAGAGCGAGAACGUUUCGAUAGAGCCAGGUCGGGUUGCCCUCACUGGACGAAAACCUGUUUACUCAAGUGAGCUUCCUUUUAAGGGAAUAUCUUAUUAUUGUUUGAUCGCCCGACAGUUCCAAGAAUGAAAGCGACUUCCACGAAAGGCUGCUGACUGUGUAUAAAUGGGUUCCGUGUCUGUAAAAAGAUCAAAGAGUCACCCUCUUUUUUUCGAGCCAUCCAAUUAGCCACCACAGAACAUGUCUUUUAUUGUGAAGGAACAGGAAAUUAAAAACACUGAUGCACUAUUACGUGAAAGGGAAACAAAGCAUUGUGGGAUUUUGUUGUUGUUGUUGGUUUUCUUCUUUUGGGAAGAGUUGAAGUAGCUGAAAACAACAACAGCUGCUGUCAAACUGUGUAAAAUAACCCCCAUCCAAUGACUAAAAUGUGUGUAAAUAAAGGGUAGAUGUCAAAGUGCACUGAAUGCCGACAACGUGGCGUCUUGUCUCACUCGCACUAACAUUUGAUUUGUUUUAUUGCUGUGACUAUUUAUUUUUACUUGUAUGCUACUUAUUUAUGUCAAUUGAUCAAUAAAAUGUCUCAUCAAUG